CCAGUUCCACCUUUGAAACAUUUUGUAAGUUUGACUUUGCUCUUGGAGAAAGCCGUCUUUCAUUCAAGAUGAGUGCGGAGAGCUAUGUGGAGACCCCCUUCAAUGGGCCUUCAGUGGAGGAUAACCCUUCAAUGGAAGUGCCCCAAUUGCCUGGUGUGCUUCGUGGUGGAAGGGCAUCACCUACCACCCCAGCUCGAGAAGCAGCUGAGGUGAUCAAGCCUGCCAGCCACGAGCUCAUUGUUGUUUCCUGCUACACCCGCUUUGACAACCUGGCACAUGGCCCGCGAGGCACAGAGGCCAAGCGCAGCCUCUACACAUUCCGUUUGGAUGAGAACGACGGGGAGCUGGUCUUGUACUCUGUGACCACCGACGACAGUGUCAUGAACCCAGCAUUUUCCCGCUUCGAUGCACAGAGGAAUCUGCUGUACACCUGCACGGAAUCUGUGGCUGAGCCGGGAGACAUUGUGACAUACUCUGUAGAUCCUCACACUGGCAAGUUGUUCAAGAUUGGAAGCCGCAGUGCCUUGGGCACCUCGACUUGCUAUUUGACAUUAGACAAGGACUGCAAGAACAUGCUGGCGGUGAACUACUGGAACGCAACUAUUGGUGUUUUUGGUCUAGAUGCUGAAUCUGGCGCUGUUGGUGACUCCAAGAGCAUGUACGACCCCAACGAGGGCAGGGCCAUGAAGGUCUGCCACAAACAGCACGUGAAUCAUUCAGAGAAUGAUCCCAAUGCGCAGAAGGAACGCCAAAGUGAUCCGCAUUCUCAUGCAGUCAUUUUGGACCCGUUCUUCGGAAAGAUAGCUUACGUUCCUGACUUGGGAAUGGAUUUAAUCCGGCAGUUCAGGUUCAAUCCACAGUCUGGUGUUUUGGAAGCUGCAGGGACUUGCAGGUCGGGACCAGACGGUAGCAGCGCCCUGGGUCCACGCUACAUUGAGUUCCACCCAAGACUUCCAUUCGCCUACGUGGUGAACGAACUCUCUUCGGAGGUCUCUGUGUUUGCAUUUGAGCGGGCAGCGGCAGAAGAACUUCUUAGGAGUCAAGAUGUUGCAGAAGCUGCUCCUACUUUGCGUUUGGUGCAGACUGUCAAAACCAUCCCAGCCGCUUGGCCCAGCGAGAUGAACACCUGUGGAAGGAUUGCGGUUCACAGCUCCGGACACUUUGUUUUGGUCUCAAACAGAGGACACAACAGUAUUACAGUCUUCCGAAUCCAUCAAGAUGGGGACAAUCAAGGCUUGCUGUCAUUGGCGCAUAUGCGACACACCCGUGGAGCAACUCCUAGACACUUUCAAUUUGACAGCUCAGGCCAAUGGCUCAUCUCAGCGAACCAGGAUUCCGACAAAGUGUCUGUGUUCCGCUUUAACAUCGCCACUGGCAUGAUGGAGUGGACCGGAAAUGAGUACCAUGUGCCAUCUCCCAACUUUGUGUGCUGCAUGAGGCCGCAAAUGACGAUUCCGACUCGUCGUCAGCCAAACCAUGCAAGGGAAGAUGCUAUGCCAACGAUGAUCUCCAAGCUGUGAGGUGGAUGACAAACUCGCAACCUGUAGCGAGGCAAAGACUGCAUUCAGUCUCUUGGAUUGGACACGUUGCGAAGGCUCUCUUAGGGAAGCUCUUCGCUGCUCAGGUUGGAGUGCAUACCUGCCCCUUUGCAAAUUGUGAGCCAUGCUUUCAAAGCAUCGUGCUCUUGUACCUCCAAAUCGAGGUUGUGGGGCGUUGCUUGCAUUUCGCUAUAGGAGGCCAGGGCUCCGUAGCGUUCCGUAGUGCGAACCGCUGAAGAUUGCGUUUUUUGUUUGCAAGUAAGGGCGCCUGAUGGCUCUCAAUGUGAUGUCUUGC